AUGGCAGCGCACAUGAUUCCCUCGGAGGAGGAGGAGCUUCUGAACGAGUCCCGUGGGAGGAGCUUUGCGUUCCCCACGCGUGUCGCAAUGGUUGUGGGCUCCUUCGCCCUCGCGGGCUCCGCGCUGGCGCUGCGCUUCACCCCGUCGCGAGGCGCCCGCGCGGCACCGCGGAGCUUCCUGGGCCUUGAGGAGGAGCCGGCGUGCUUCCAGAAGGGCAUGUACUGGGCGGACCCCUACAAGAUGGGUGGCACGGAGCGGUCCGUGGAGCUGGGCGCUGUGAGCUGUCAGGGCCGAUGCCAGUCUGUGCCAGGCUGCAGGCACUUCUCCUUCUGGCCGGAUGGGGGGUGCAUGCUCACCUCCGAGGACUCCAGCUUGGAGGCGGCGCCUUUCAAAUACUCCGACGUCAUCACUGGCCCCAAGUUCUGCGACAAGGCCGACGACGCCCCGGAUGCGCCCGCUGGGCCCGCUGGCGAGGCGCAGAGCGUGUGGGGCGCUGGCACAGAGGCGGCCAAUGCUGUGCAGUCGGGCAUCCAACAGGCGGCGGAUGCUGUGUCCGGCGCGGCCGAUGCCGCCUCGCAGGCGAUAGAGGACCUCACGGGCGUCAACGGCACGGCUUGCGAGGCUUACCCGGCCUGCGUGGCAGUGGGCAUCACGGGUGAGUGCUGCCCCAAUGUGGACACCAUCCGCCUGGGAUGCUGCGACGGAUUUCCGAAGGUCGUCGAGGCCGUGACCAUUGCCGCAGGGACAGAGUGCUCGAAGUUCCCCACAUGUACGGCCUUGAACAUGACCGGCGGCUGCUGCCCGACACCGGACGGUGUCAUGUUGGGAUGCUGCACCCAGAUCUGA